AUGAAGAUCAAACUUGUUUCUUUCGAGGACGUGCCGUAUGAGAAGAAGCUUGGACGGGAUAUAAUUGUAGAUGGUUUCAAGUACAGAAACCCUGGCUUUACCUACUUCCUGUCGCACUAUCAUGCCGAUCAUUACCAGGGAAUAACUGGCAAAACGUGGGACGUUGGAGUGAUUUAUUGUGGUCCCAUUACAGCCUCCCUUCUGAUCAACGUAAUGCAGGUUCCAGCUCAAUAUGUAAAAGCUCUAGAACCCGAUAUACCGCAUCCACUACCAAACGACCAAGGAACAGUCACUCUAAUGGACGCAAAUCACUGCCCAGGAGCGAACGUAAUGUUAUUCGAGCUCAAGGAUGGACGAAACUACCUCCAUGUUGGUGAUUUCCGCUAUGACUCGACAUUACCAUAUCGAUCUCCAGGAUGGAAACGAGUAUCAGCAGUGCAAAUCGAUGAACUCUUCCUCGACACGACGUAUUGUAGACCUAAGCAUACGUUUCCGAAACAAGAUGUCGUCGUUAGUGAAAUAGGGAGACUUGUAUCCGAAUACGUUAAAGCUGAUGCUCAGACUAAUGAUAAAACGCUAUUCGUAAUCGCAACGUAUACUAUCGGAAAAGAAAAAGUCUUGCAUGAGAUUGCAAAAACUUUAAAAUGCAAAGUCUUCGUCACAAAAGAAAAGCUUGACAUCCUGAAACUACUAGACCUUGAAUAUAUUGAUAUCUUUACACUUGAUCCACGAUCUAGCCAGGUGAAUAUAGUGUCGUGGAACCAAAUAGGUGAAAUGGCACCAGGUGGAUGGAGAUUCUUGCCCAACUGGGAUUAUUGUCAACAGUAUUAUGAUUGGCAUAACUCUUUGCAUCCUGACUCGCCGUACACUCGGCUCAUAGGUUUGGUGCCUACGGGUUGGACGUGGGAACUCUCGAAAACACUUUCACCCUCUUCCCUAUAUACGAGAUCUUACAAGGAACCGUUCACCAUCCACCAAAUACCAUAUAGUGAGCACUCUAGCUUUGAAGAGCUCCGAGAUUGUGUCAAAUAUGUACGACCGGCAAGAGUGGUGCCUACUGUGUUGGGAAGUAAGGCUGCAACUAUAGAGGGCUACUUCAAGGAUUUAGUAGAUACGAAACGAGCGAAACAGAAAGGUUUCCAGUCCUUGUUUGGUAGUAGUAGUAGUGUGAUUCGCUCUUCGUCGCCUGUAAUUGCUACCAAUGUUGAGGAUGACGCGGAUGAUGAACCCACUGUGUUAGAAGUAGAAGAAGAGACACCAAUCACGUCUAUAGCAGUAAUACCAACACAGCAGAAUCAAGCUGAAAACGCUGUAUCAUGUCCAUGCUGCAACAAAGUAGUGCCUGAAAAGGAUAUCAACGCACAUUUGGACUCGUGUUUGAACAACAAGCUCGAUACAAUAGAGCCAUCAUCAUCUGCCCCCAAGGUAAUAGAUAAACGUAAACAUGCAGAGCCUAUAGAUAAUCAAUCUGCCACGAAAAGGAAGAAGACGAAUGUACCCAAAGGGCAGACGACUCUGUCUUCGUUUUUCUCGUCACCACCUAAGAGUCAAAAGUAG